AGUUGGCAGAAAAUCUAUCAGUAAGUCGAAUCGCAGUUGAAUUGAUUAAUACUUGUUUGAAAAAGAAAAAAUGGGAAAGCCACGAGUCUUGGUAACAAGUAGCGACACACCGCAGGCUGGAAUAGAUUUACUGCUCACGAAAUGUGAAGUGACUGUCAUUCAAAAGGUUAUAAGCAAUAACGAUGAUGUUCGCCAAGCCGUUCCUGGACACGAUGCAAUUUUUCUUAGUGGUCAUACUAAUAUUAAUACCGCAUUUCUUGAUAUUGCUGGACCAAACUUGAAAGUGGUAUCUACUAUGUCUGCUGGAUACGAUCACCUUGACGUACCAGAAAUUAAACGAAGAGGUAUUAAAGUUGGUCACACACCAGAAGUAUUGAGCGCUGCAGUUGCUGAAAUCGCUGUAAUGUUAACGUUAAAUGCUUCAAGAAGAGCGCACGAAGGACGACUUCUUUUGGAACAAGGUGCUACUGAAAGAAGACCCCAGUGGCUACUUGGUCGUGAUUUACGCGGUUCAACUGUUGGUAUUGUUGGCCUGGGUAAAAUCGGCCUCCAGAUCGCCAACCGAUUAAAAUGUUUCGAAGUGGGCCGCUUCGUUUACACUGGACAUUCAAGAAAGAAAUCUGGAGAUGAGAUUGGCGCAGUAUUCUUAUCCUUGGAUGAUCUCCUGGAACAGAGUGACUUUGUCAUUGUUGCCACGCCGUUGACUAAUGAGACGCGUGGACUCUUUAAUGAUGCUGUUUUUGCAAAAAUGAAACAGACUGCUGUUUUUGUAAACAUUGGUAGAGGAGCAGUGGUGAAGACUGAUGCUCUUGUUAGGGCUCUUCGCAAUAAAACUAUUUUUGCUGCUGGACUCGACGUGACGGAUCCGGAACCACUGCCACCUGAUCAUGAACUUCUUAAGCUGCCGAACGCUGUUGUGAUCCCACACUUGGGUAGUGCAACAGUGAAGACACGGAACGAUAUGGCAAUUGUAGCCGCUCAAAAUAUAUUGAAUGGUCUAGAAGGAAAGCCACUCGUUUAUGAAUUGUAAACGGCAUUUGUGUGAUUUAUAAAAGCUCUAUGAAAAAACUGUCAAAUAAGAUGUAAUAUCUCGUAUAAAUUUAUUACUAUAUUUUUUAAACGAUAUACACAGCAAUAGCUUGAUAA